AUGGUUUCCAGAGCGGGCAACAGACCCGUGAAUUGUGAAAAAAGCGCCAAGGAGAUUCAACAAUUAGUGGACUUAGCACAUGAGGUGCAUAAAGUACUUGACGAAAUUGGAAUUAAACACUGGUUGAUGUUUGGAUCACUUUGGGGUAUUCAAAGAAAACUCUACAAUCCACUUCCUUGGGAUGACGAUGUAGAUAUAGGAGUCUCUGGAGACGAUGUUCACUAUCAGAGUCUGUCUCGGGAGAAAUUUCUCUCAGCUUUUACAACCAAGGGUUUUACGUUAAAAGAGCGUCUGGAUCGAAAUGGCAUUGUUGGUAUAUUCAAUCAAAAGAUAUGUCCCUCCGGCUGGGUUGAUAUCUUCAUAUUUUAUGACUACUGGGGUAAUAUGAAACGAACAGGAUGGGAGACGUGGCUGGCACCUAUUAACUAUAACCUUUAUUCCUCUUUCUCUUCGCGAGCUGUAGAGGGGACAUUGCCCAAGGCUCGAUUUGGUGAUUUUGACAUGUACGUGCCUAAAGAUAUCCUACUUGUUCUUAAAAGUGUAUAUCCUUUUAAUUGGUGGGUCGAAGACAGACCUCGAAACUGUGUAAACAAAAAGAUUUGA